UCUUUCGUAUACAAUUAUAAACCACAGGUAGACAAGUCGCAGAAUAUCUCUUGAUCAAGAAUUUGAGAUAUGGAGUACACUUGCAAAGAUUUCAAGGUCGGGAAAUGUGAAGGCGAGAAGAUGGUGGAUGGUGAGACAUUGCCAUUAGUACUACAACCGUCGGACCUUAACAAGAAAGACAUGAAGACACUUCUUCUGUCCCUGGAAAACAACAAGGAGUGGUUUGAGAAGAUGCUCAUUAAGAAUAGUGCUGUUCUCAUCCGAGGAUUUGACGUUGAAAAUGCUGUGGAGUUCAACGACAUUGUUGAAACAUUUGGCUGGGAAGACAUUAGGUACGUUGGACCGGCCCCCAGAACUCAUAUUCAUAAGAGAAUUUGGACUGCAAAUGAAGGACCCCUUUCUGAGUUUAUCUACUAUCACCAUGAAAUGGUUCUGAUCAAGGAAUAUCCGAAGAAAUUGAUGUUGUUCUGUGAGAUACCACCCCAAGAAGGUGGAGAGACACCGUUUGUUCCUAGCUUUCGAGUAGCAGAGCGUAUGCUAGAAGAGUUUCCUGAGGUUGUCGAAGAAAUGGAGAAAAAGGGAUUGAGGUACACUUUCACAGCUCUCAGCAGCGAUAAUACAGGUUCGAUGAGAGGUAGAGGUUGGGAGGAUGCUUUUGCAACAAAUGACCGUGCUAUAGCCGAGGAAAGGGCCAAGGCACUAGGAAUGGACAUGGAAUGGCUUCCAAAUGGAGGAGUGAAGACGAUACUGUGUCCGCAUCGUCCAACACAAGUUUUUGAGGGAAGAAAAGGGAGAAGAAUGUGGUUCAAUACUAUAGUGGGUAUGCACGGGAAGGAACUGAGCUCUGCAACCAUGGCUGAUGGAAGUGAGAUCCCCGAGCAUGUGGUGAAGAGAUGUGGAGAAAUCAUUGAAGAAGAGAGUAUACAGUUCAAGUGGCAGAAGGGUGAUGUGCUCUUCCUCGACAACUUGGCUACGCUCCAUGGGCGAAGGCCUUCGUCUGCUCCAAGAAGAGUCUUAGUUGCGACUUGCAAGUGAUCAACUCAUCUCAAACAUAUCAGGCUGGGAAUUCAAUAAACUGUUUGCCUUGUCGAGUCCGACGACAUUGUCUGUACUUGACCUUAUACUACAUAUAUAGUUUCUGUUGCUGCUGCUACUAGAAUAAAUGGGAACAUUUACCUUCUGUUUCAUUACACACAAGGGGGCGAACAGAAAGAGGAAUAGGGACAAUAGUCACCAUAUGUGUUGUUGUUGAACUGUUUCCUCAAUAUUUAUGAUGUUAACCACCAUCCAGUGUAACAAGAGUUUGAUCUAUAUAAUUGUCUAUUAACUUGUAUAA